AUGGUGGGAUUUAAGAAUAGGUAUAUGGUAUUGGAGGUUAUCAUGGAUCCUAAUAGAGAUCUGGUAAGAAAAGAUCCUGUUAUAAUUACCUCAUAUAAUGUUACAAACGCCAUCAAAGACAGCAUUCUUGAAAAUUUUGGGAAGUGUGGUCUGGCUUCCUCGUUUGGAUCAUUCCUAGUGAAGUAUGUAAAUGACAUUACAAGGCUGUGUAUCAUUAGAGCUUCAAGGGAGGAAUAUCAAAAAGUAUGGUCUGCAGUUACCAUGGUCAGGAGUAUUGCAGGUUGCCCGGUGCUAUUUAAUUUGUUGGACCUAAGUGGAAGCAUCAAAGCUUGUAAAAAAGCUGCCUUGAAGUGUGAUGAACUAAAAUUUGAUCAGCACAAAAUUGCGGUUGGAUCUGAUCUUUCCGCUCAAGAUACUCAAAAAAUGCAGAACUAUCUUGACAAGAUCAAAGGCCUGGAGCACUAA